AUAUUGAAUAGGUCACCGUAUGCCUCCCACCGAGGAAUGUAAUAAAUAUUUUUCGUUUUUCCUAAACGUUUUAUAGGUUUUGUAUGUGAUUUUAUUAAACAUUACCAUUCAAGAUGAUGAACCAGUAUAUAAAAGAGUUAGAACAAGAGCCAUUUGAUCCAGACGAGUUUGUAGAAAGAAUGGUGAGACGGAGCAUGCAGGAGUCGAGACUCAAGGAUGACGAAUUUGACCCAGAAAUGAUACAUGAUAUAUUCACUCAGGCAAUACAGGAUUUAAAGGUGCUGCAAGAAAGGCAAGAGAGGAAGUGCGCAAGAUUAGAACAGUCCGUGCAGGAGGAGGAGAAAUUAUACGGAGCCAAACUAGCGGAGAUCAUGGAACAGCACACUCACUGCGUGAACGUGUUUAGUUCCCUCGACGAGCGCAUGUCCCGCUGCGGCGGGCGAGCGCUGGACGUGGGCGAGAAGCUCGGCGCCGCCCGGGCGCCGCGCGCCCGCGCCGCCGCCGCCCGGGACUUGCUGGCCCAUCUAGCACACUUCCUCAGCCCUGGACCGGUGCAUACUGAACUAUUUAACGACCCAAGCAAGCUAAACGAUGCAGCCGACGUCAUCCAAAAGCUCCACACCAUCGCCCAGGAAUUACCCCCCGACAAAUUCGAAGUGGCCAAGAAGAAAAUCGAAGCCAAAUACGACGAGAUCGAACGCAACCUCAUAGAGGAGUUCGUGAAAGCGCAGAACCAAGGCGACAUGGCUAAGAUGAAAGAUAUCGCUAAUAUAAUGACCAACUUUAAAGGUUAUUCGCAGUGUGUUGACGCUUUUAUAGAGACCAGUCAAAUGAACACCCUGAUGGGUAAGGAUAUCUUCUCUUCUGUCCUACCUCUCUGCAAGAAAAACUACAAUAUCAUCAGCGUGGUAUUCUCCAACCCGGAGCAGGUGAUGAGCAAGUUCGUGCUGAACAUCUUCCACUUGAAGCUGCAGAAGUACAUUCAGACCAAGCUCGCUGAUAAGAACGACGUCGAGAAAUACCUGAGGAAUCUUUAUGAUAUGUAUACAAGCACCCAACGAGCUUGCGACGACUUAGUAUCAGCUGGUUUCAUAUCCGACUCGGGCAGCAACUCCCCCGGCUCUCUCCGGCGCUCGGCGCUGGUGAACGGCGCGCUAGCGGGCGCCGCCGACGGAUACGCCGCGCUCGAGGGUCGCCGCCUCCGCGCGCUGCUCGCCAGCCUGCUGCACGCUUACUACAGCGACAAGGGGCAUGUGAAGCGGCAGAUACAGGGCACGGGAUUCCAGGAACUUCGUCGCGAUUUGCAAGCCGUGAUCGGGACUCGAGCGAACAUCAACAUCGCUCAGAUCGAGAACUACGGCGGCGAGACGUUCCUGAGCGAGUCGCUCGUCGGCAGGAUGCUGAGCGAAGCGAAGACGUCCUUCACUAGGUGCAAGACUCUAUGCACUCCCAGCGAGCUGCCAGGCACCACGACCGCUCUCUUGGACGUGAUUAUCCAAUACUUGUUGGUCGAGCACGUCGACUAUGCGCUAGACCUCGGCCUGCAGUCCAUACCCAUCGCCGAGAGCAAGUCUCCGCCACAGAUUUACUUCUUUGACACGGUAAAGGAAUGUAACAAGAUUGUAAAAAUGUUUGAAGAACAUUUUCAAGAAUCCGUGCUGCCUUGUAUGAGCUCCACAGCUAAACAGACCGAAUGUGUGAACAAGAAGACCACUAUAAUGGAGCAGUUGGAAGCCAAGCUGGACGCGGGGCUCGAGCGAGCUAUAUCGGCCAUCGUUGGCUGGGUGAAGUUGCAUCUACAGACCGAACAGAAGAAGUCAGACUUUAAGCCUGAAGGCGACGUGGAUACACUGGCGUCGCCUGCAUGUCAAUCCGUGGUGUCCUACCUAAACAACGUAAUGGAGAAGAUCCACUCCGGCCUGGAGGGCGACAAUCUGCAAGCCGUGACCUUGGAGCUGGCCAUCCGUCUCCACAGGGUCAUUUACGAGCAUCUGCAGAACUUCCAAUUCAAUUUCGCAGGGGCCAUGGUAGCGAUCUGCGACGUGAAAGAAUACCGUUCGGCGGCGUGCGGGCGAGGCGCGUGCGCCGCGCCGCCGCCCGCGCACGCGCUGUUCGACGCGCUGCACGCGCUCUGCAACCUGCUGCUCGCCAAGCCCGAGAACCUGCACCAGGUGUGCGAGGGGGAGACUCUCGCGGAGUUAGACCACUCGAUCCUGCUGAACUUCAUCCAGCUGCGGUCGGACUACAAGAGCCACAAGCUCUCGAGCUUCCUCAAGGGACUGUCGUAACUUAGUUCAAGCUAGUAGGGUAAGAUCGGGAAACGUAGCCUCAUUUUACAGAGCUACGUUCUUUGUUGAAACUUUUAGCCCUUUGUAAUGUGUGGUCCCGCCUUUAGUAUUAUCGGGUUCUUUAGUAUAUUUACAUUAAUUUUAAUUAUGUGUACAUUUAAUGUAUGUAAUAUUUUUCUACCCAAUACUGGAGACGUGUUCCUUUUUUUUUAUUUCAGUUUAUCUUGGCACAUGUACAGAGUAUAAUGUAUAAAAUUAGACAUUUUAUCGAAACCACUCACUCGUUUAUUAAAGUCAGAAGUGGAUAAGCAUGAUUUUAAAUGUUACCUAAGUUAAUAGGAAGUAUUAGAUAAAAUUAUAUUAUAGUUUUUAUUAUAACCUAUAACUAAAUAAUAACGACUGUUAAAUCUUUAUACUAAGUAGCCCCUUAAUAUUGUUGUAGAUGGCGCUACUGGAAAAGGUUACAAUCAUAGAAAUAAGAGCGCAACGCCAUCUUUUGACUUCUAAGAGCCUUUUAAUGAAAGAGGAACCCUUAUUUUUUACCAUGUCGAUAGCAUACAAGCUACGAGCUUACGAUUCCCUUGAUUGUAUAAGCAGUUACCGUUGCUCAUGUACGGAGAAAACCCAAUGAUAUAACAUAUAACCUAU